GAGAGAGAGAGAGAGAGGAGAGAGAGAGAGAAGAGAGAGAGAGAAAAUGAGAAUGCAAGAAAAACAGAAAACUAAAAGGAAAAACAAAAGAAAACGGAAAAGCGUGCGCGGGAGGGUAAGGGUUAGGCCGCGAUUCGAGUGUUUAGUCUGCGACGCCCAGCUGGAGAACCAACACCUACCCUGUGUGGUCUCCCGGUGGCACUAUAGAUGUGGCCUUAUUCACUGGCACUUUAACGUGAAGGAGGGCUUAUCUAAUAAUUAACAACGUGAUGUGAUAAGGAAUGACGAUUUCUGUCUGGUUACUGGCAAGAGAGGAGGAGAGACCAAGGAAAAUAAACACGGGUUUUAUAAAUAGUUUUUAGUGGGACUUAGCUGCUGUUUACUAUCCAUAAUGCGAAGAACAUUAAUGUUUAUUUGUGUUCUGCUCAGCAGUGCGAUGGUCAGGCCACAGUCACGAGAUGAAGAAGACUUCCUAUUGGGCGUCACCCAGGGGAACCUCGCCUGCUACUCGUGCACGCUGGACUUCCGGAAGAGCGACUACGUGUGGGACCAUCCCUGCCUCGGCCGACACAGAGACAGCGAAGUCAACAAAACCUACUUGGUGGUUUGCGGACCCAACGACCGCUACUGCAGAGCCGAGAGAACCGAAGUGAACGGCAUGUUGGUGAAACUGACCAGGGAAUGCAGCGAGUUGUGUUACUAUGGAUGUCGACCCAAAGGCUUCGGGAUCAACAGCGAGUCAUGUGCUCAGUGUUGUGACAGCAACGGAUGCAACAAUAUGUACCCUGAGAGCUCGGCGCUGCUCCCUCGUGCUAACUCUGUUACGAUUUAUGUGAUGAGUGUCGUGGUUGUAAUCUCCCUCUGUUUUUAUUAGGGUCUAUGUGAGUUUUUUUUUUUUCUGUAAGGAAUUUAUAUUUGUCUACGUGAUUGCUGAAUAAGAUGUAUAUUUACCUGUCUAAUUUACCGUAUGCACCAACCAUUAUGUAUUUUUUUCUGUGGCUUGCUACGACUGAUUCAAUUUUUUAAAAAUUCUAUGUAUCUAACAAAGGUACACACGAUCUCCAUAUCAAUGUUUAAUUAGUAUUCUCCCUCUCUUCUCUCUGUCGCUCUCUCUCUCUCUCUCUCUCUCUCUCUUUCUCUCUUUC